UUUUUUUUUUAUUUAUUUAUUAAUUUUCUGCAACAUGAAUCAUAAUCUCCCCAUAGAAAUCUGGCACCAUGUGCUACAAUUUUCACAAAAUCGAUAUCAAUGUGCCCUAGUCUGUAAAGCUUGGAAAGAGGUCGCACUCCAACAGUUGUAUAAAGACCUGAGAUUGGACGGCUACAACGUGUAUUGCAUGAAGAAGCUUUUUAAAUUGGAUGCCGAUGAGCAAGCCCACUACUUCAGAUAUUUCUUUUUGACUACAAAACUGACGAUUGACAGAGACCAUGAAAGAAUGACAUUUGAUACAACCGAUUAUUUGAAUUACCAAUAUUCCCUAUUGGAAGAAGACGAUUUUAUACUCUUUUUGGAGAUGUUACCAAAACUGCAAGUAGUAAAUCUUAAUAACAGCUUCUAUGAACAUUAUUACUUCGGGUAUAUACGAGACACAAAUUCACGCAAGUGCUUAAAUGAAGUGCAAACAUUUUGUUCGGCUACUUUUCAUGAUUUUAAAACAAGCUACAGGUAUCGGGCAACAUUGACUACUCUCAAUCAUACCCUCCGUAUUGAAUACUAUUUACCAACCCCUACAAUGAAUAUAUGCCAGUCAUUAAGCCAGUUUAAAAACCUGACAAGUCUAACUUUUGUUAAUGCUUAUGUUAAUAAUCUGACACCAUUAGAAUUACAACUAGCCUGUCCUUGUUUGGUAACCCUAAAAUACAGCUGUAGAAAUAGAAUUUCUGAUCAAACUAUACAAAAUCUCUUAAGAGACAAUGACAUGAGUAAAACAAACAGCCGUUUAAAGAUACUCCAACUACAUAUUCCCAAUUUGCCAGUCAGCUAUUUCCAAUACGUCUCCGGAUACCUCGUUCCUCACCUGGACAGCCUGGAUUUACAAAUCAAUCGAAGUCGAAUGUAUGACUGGAUCAGCGAUGUGGGGAUAGAAAAUGCGUUGACGUUUGCCAAGAAUAUAGGUAGUUUGAAGCAAAGUGGAUUCGGUUUCCAAUGUCCGUACGAAGAUGUAAUUGUGGAAGACAAAAACGCUGAAAUGACAGUUUUCUACAAGUUGCUAAAUGCAUUCAAAGGAUCAAAACAUCGCAUAUGCGAAGCAACCUUCAAGUUUGUUGGGAACCCCUCUUAUUCAAUGCAACGCAGUAAAAACAACUUGAUACAAUUUGAAUACCCAUUAGAUGUGAAAUGUUAUUCUCCUCCUAUUGACUCAAAAGUCGUACAUGCCUAUGACCUAGCAUUAAAUGAAUAUCUACCGGAUAAGGCUGUCUCUAUCAGUGGACCUGAAAUUAUUGAUUGCCUUAAUAUUUACGCAGGUUGUGGUAAUCCAGAGUUAGCCUUUGUUUUUAUACAGUAUGCAUUGAUUUACUGUCCAAAUCUGCUAGCUUGCAGAAUUGUAAUGGAUGCGAUUUCCAAUAAGAACAUCUAUAUUGGUACUCAUGUAAAGGAGCUCCAACUACGCAAAGAUCGUUUUAUAACAUCAAAGUAUGGUAGAGAGGAUAUAAAGGUGUUUAAAUCUUUCCAUCUUAUCCCAUCUCAAGCAACGUUGGAUUUACUUUGUAUCAAUUUACCGAAUAUUCAAGCUUUGAUAUGCGGUGCUAAUUUUAUGUACGGAAGAUGGACACAAAAGGUGGCCGAGAUUGACCUGAAAUUGUUUAAAAACUUGGAGUUGUUUCAGUUCGAUGAUUACAAUAUUUGUGGAAAUGAUACCGAUUACAUAUUUAUUCGAUUGCAGGUAGAUAAUGGAGACAUGGCUUAUUAUAGCCGAAGAAAUGGAAAAACUGUUGUGUAUGAAGCAGCUACUUUGCAGUUAUUUCAAGAAUACCAAGAUGAUGCUACACUGAAUAAUUGCCUCCUGACUGUAAAGUGUAAUAGUGGUGUAAAAUUUAUUGUUUCGUCAGGAAAUCACACAAUGGCCGCAGAAUUUGAUAAUGGUCUCCUUCUUGAUUGUAUUGGAAUUAAUGCUAACUUUUUAUAAGUCAUUGUAUUCUCAAUAAACCAAUUACUCUCACUAAAAAAUGGGGUCUACAAGACAGCAUUUAUUAGCAUGUGUACAAGACAUGGUCAGUUACAAGCAAAUUUGACAUGUAAUGUAUGGUAGAUUAUUCCAUCCCUCAAUAUAAAAGCUUUUUAAAAACCCAGUUUCGUACAAUAGGCAUUUAUACAAAACCGCUGUUUAAUUACGAAGCAUUGUAAUAAAUCAAAAGCUUAUGCAACAUUUGGUUCGAUAAACAGGUAGAUAUAAUAUUUAAAUUCCGUCAUGGAUCUCAGGCCGUCUGAGUAACCCGGUCGUGGAUUUCUCUUUGUGGCCCAACCUAAUUUCUUUAGCCGUUCUUACUGA